AUGAGUUCCCUUCCCUUUGGUACGCCUCCCCACACUGUCCCCGCGUCAGCAAACCUCACGCCCUCUACCAUCUCCAUUUCUGAUGAUCAAAUUCAGAGGCUGAAGACUCUUCUCAAGCUUUCCCCCAUUCCAGAGCCCAACAUCUGGAAUACUCGUGAAGAUGGUGCCUAUGGCCUCCCACGAGAUACACUUUUGAAGUUGGCCAAUUACUGGACCAACGAAUACGACUGGAAGAAGUGGGAGUCUGCUCUCAACUCCAUCCCGCAGUUCAACAUUACCAUCACUGAUGACGACUCCAAGGCUUACAAGAUUAACUUCUUCGCCUUGUUCUCCAAGAACCCAUCCGCUGUCCCUAUCCUGUUUUUACAUGGCUGGCCAGGCUCCGUGGUAGAGUAUCUUCCCAUCCUUCAGAAACUCCAGUCUGAAUAUGAUACUGAGUCGCUUCCUUAUCACAUCAUUGUACCUCACCACAUUGGCUUUCCACUCUCCGAUGCACCACCUCUGGACAAAGAGUUUUCGCACUUCGACAACGCGCGCCUUAUGUCAAAGAUGAUGCAUACCCUGGGUUUCAACAAGACAGGAUAUGUCACGCAAGGUGGUGACCUUGGCGGCUGGACUGCACCCGUCAUCGCCAACCUUGACCCGGCUUGCAAACUUGUCCAUAUGAACAUGUUGAAUGUUCCGCCUCCUGCAGGAGAAGAUAUCGAGGCAGGUAUGAAAGCCGGAAAGUACAGCGUCGACGAAGCAGCAGCUUUUGGCAGGAUGGCCGAGUUUGCCAAGAAAGAAAUGGCCUUUAUCCAGCUCGAUGGCACCAAACCAGCCACGGCGGGUUACCUUUUCGCAAGUAACCCAGUUGCACUGCUAGCCUGGAUUGGAGAGAAAAUGAUCAGGUGGUCCGACAGAACACCAGAUGACGACUUGAUCCUGACCAACAUUGCCCUAUGGUGGUUUUCUGGCUGCUACCCGACGUCGAUCUAUCUCCACCGCACGGUACUUGAGGACCAUGAGCUCAUGAUGAAUGCUUGGAAGACUCUUCAAGUACCUUUGGGUUACUCGGCUUUCAAGAACGAGCUUAUCACUGCUCCUGAGAGGUGGAUCAAAGAGACGGAGCAGGUCAGUUGGUAUCGCAUGCAUGGCCGAGGUGGUCACUUUGCUGCGCUCGAGGAGCCAGAGGCUUUGUGGAAGGACGUGCAGGACUUCAUUGCAGGGUUCUGGCCUCGGGCCUGA